AUGGAAUUCUGUUUCAUCAACAACAAUAAACCGCUCGAUCGGCGCUCGCAGAAGCUAGUACGGCACCAUGCGAUGAAGGGAAAGAAUACCGGCAAGACCUUUCGAUUACGAGGGCACAAGAGACAGCAACACAAAGAUGAAAUUCAACUCGACCGCUGGACGACUGAAGGCGGGAAGGGGCGACCACUAUUGCCAAAAUUUGCACAAGCCAACAGUCUCUUACCCGUCAACCCCUUCCCAGGGACCGAGUUGACUUACUUCACAACUUCCAUAACUCUGACACCCUCAGUGCGGUACUUAUUCCACGAGUUCCACAAUGAAGUGUCCAAAAAGCUCUACCCUCAGACCUUCUGCCGACAGUCAAAGGAGCUUGAAUCGAGUUGGUUCGAGCUUGUGAUAGGAAACCCGAGCGUUUUCCACUGCGCCAUGGCUGUCACAAGAGCUCGUAUAUCUCGACAUCAGGGUUACAAUGCUCAAUCCAUUGAGUCGAAUUCUCAUCUCAUACAAGCCCUGCGUCUAUUGCGUAAUGACCUUGAAUCGAGCUUCAAGCCCCAGGAUUCUAGUAUUGUUGUGGCCAUCUCACUUGCCAUUUACGCCAACAUUAGCGGCUCCUUCAAGGAGAGUCUGAUACAUCUACAGGGCUUGAAGCUCAUGCUUGAAAUGCUACCCGGGGGACUUGCAGUACUAUGCCAGAAAGCUCCAGAGUUGGGUAACAAGAUACGCCGCACUGACCUGGAACUUGCGCUCAUGACAGGAACCUCGACACGUUUUGGUUCUCAGCAAUUGACGACGCCAAUGCCUCUUUACGUUGUUCCACUUUACGACAAGAAGUCAUCCAUUGCUUUGCCGGACUCAUUGAGUGAGGCCAGUUUGGAGGUCCGUUCUGCAAUGGUGGACAUGCUGGCGCUUUGCUCUUAUGCUGGCAGUGCGCAACUCAGUGCCUUUCAGUAUCAAGAUCUGAUUAUAUCAAUCGGCCAACAUCUGAGUGACUAUGCUCCGCUCAACGGUGAGCGGCCGCCACAACCGCUAGAUGACAUCUGCCAGCUGGGUCUCCUUGCCUUUAUGAGCACAUUCCUUAGUCAUCCUCGUGAAGUACAUCCCACCUACUUUACAUUGCUAUCUGAUCUCUUCCGAAGUCGGCUUGAAGUGUUUGGUUCACUACCCGACAAUAAAUCCUCAUUGUCUCUCUGGCUGAUUUUCAUCCACGCAUUGUCGUCGCCGAACUAUGAAGAGUGCUGCCAAGCAGACUCAUUCGUCGUGAUGAAUAUCCGAGCACUGGCUACCACACUCGUCCUCGAGACGUGGCAAGAUGUUGCAGGUCACCUAACCCUGUAUCCAUGGGUGGCAGCGUUCCACGAUGAAAAAAGCAAGAAGGUCUGGGAUGCAGUCUACAAAUGA